CCCUUCCUCCUCUCCUGCUAUUACGUCCGCUGCUGGUAAAGACGCGGAGACAGGAGAGGGGGGGAUGUACAAUUAAGAGCACAUUGUAACGUCCUUGCGUUGCCUGCCGUGGCGGAAGAGGAGUGUGCCGUGAACGCGAAUGACCGUCGGUGGACGAGAAGAGGAUAGACAGAGAGAGCUAGAAAGAGAAAGGGAAAGAGAGGGAGAGAGAGAGAGAGAAGGGGGGAAUCACUCAAGAUGCCUCGUUUUAGCGUAAUUUGUCCUGCAGACUGUGCCCUUCCGGCGUUUUGAGGGCUGCUGUGAGCCUGGCUGGCUACGCUAUGCUGCCUGACCCUGCUGCUGCUGCUGCUGCUGCUGUGUUGUGAUAGCGUUUGUCCGAUUGUUUGGAUUGAGGAAGGCUCCCAUCAACCCAAAUCAAUGAGGAUUCUGAGGCCAUUCCUUCAGAAAGGAGCGCAUAUGCUGCAGUGUUUCUGUGGACAACGAUCGAAGUCGACUACUAUCACCAACGGUGAGAGACACCAACACAUAGCACCGUAGCUUUGUAGCUACCUGCGCUUCUUUGCAUGCUUUCUCUUUUGAGUGAUCAAUAAAAAGAAACAUGGGAGAUGAAAAGAGAGGAAAAGAAGGACGGGGGAGGAGGGGGGAGUGGGUUUCAUUGGACACUCGAGUGCGUGAGUAACAUCUUCCGAGUCUGCAGUGCUCCUCGCAUCUGUCCCGAGUUUGGUGUUUGCGGAUAGCUGCUGGCAAAGCAGCAUCCAGCAGCCGCACUAUACUCCGGUUACUUUUGACCAGACUGAGGGUUGAAUUCGCAGGCGAGCAUGAUCCAAUGCUGCAUUUGAAGCGGGCCAAAAAAAUGGACAAUGCAGGGAUCAAGUCAUUAAACUUCAGGGGCCUGGAGAGGCAGUGUUGUUGUGAGGGCCCCGAAACAAGCAGCGCUUUCCAGCACCACGGACAGCGCCAUAGUGGAAGUGCUCCAAAAGUUUUUUUUCACGUUUAAACAGAUUUAAAUCAGAGCAAAUUAGUCAUAUAUCAUAAUGAAUCCCUAUUUCCAAGCACAAAAGAAAUCUUAUUGUUAAAGUAGCUAACUUUAUAUAUUCUUUCAUACAAUUUUAAGCCCUCAACAAGUCCUGCUUUUGGCCCUCUAAAGUUCCCCAAACUCCACUCUGGCUUCUAUUACUUUGAUGUAUGUUUAAAAAGAAGGUCCAUUAUGAGAGUGAUGUUUCACAGCAUCUGUGUGUACCCUGUAAGGUGACUUAAUUUGCUCCAUAAUGACUUUCUAACAUGUUAAACAGGGUGCUUUAAGUCUCAAUGACACACACAUGCCCACACACAAAAUCAACACUCAGCAGUGUUUGGCAGAGAGCCGAAGAUGCUUGCCAUGUCCUCUAAUCAUGUCACAGCACUUCACUGCAUUGCUGUUCACCCAUGACAUAACUCUAUUAUCGGAGCCAAUAGAAAAAUAGCUGCUGAUGUUUCCAGAGUGGGUAAAAAUCAGUUUGAAUUAGAGACAAAUGCAACACCUCCUGUUUCUCUCCCCCCCUUUUUCAUCACUCGUUGUGUGUCGGCUCUCCUGUAGUUUGAGCAGGAGGAGCUGCUCUCAAAUUCAGGCCAGACAAUUAGAAACUCCAUUAAGCACAGUUGAUUCCUCUGAGGUGGUUGGACCAAAAGCAGCACACACACUGGGACCUGUAGGACUCUGAUAUAAGGCUCUACCGGUCCUUAUCCUGCAUCUGUACUGGCUGUUAGAUGAACCUUAUGACCUCAAUCAAAACUUUAUGACUCAGCUCAUAGAUGUUGACAUAAAUUAGUGCAAGAAAUGAAUGUUAUUGUCUGGUUAAGAUGUCUUUGCUUUAAAAACUUAAAAUCAAGUUUUCUCACUUUUAUCAUCCAUUUGAUUCUUGUAAGAGAACCCCACUCUUGUCUUUGUUUUACUCUUAAAAUUACAACUUUCAUAUCUAAAUUUACUUGAAAUACCAUUUUUCCAAUUUCAAACAGACCCUGCUCUACUCACAGAUGAUUAAACACACACUUUUACCUGAUAUCAAACAUGUUGCCUGUCCUGCAUCAGCAAUUCUACAUAAAUGAGUUGGUAUGUAAGGAUCACACGCUCAGCUUUCCAGAUUAAAGGGCAAAAAGUUCAUCUGGUAAUCUGACUGCAUACACUCUCUGCUGCAGGGAUAUGGUCCCACGCAAGAUCAUGCAAAGCAGCAGGAGCAUUUUUCUCUCCAGGCCCAGGCACUGAGCCAAAAUCACCUCCCAGGGAGCACCGGUGAAAGAUAUUCCAGAGUGUGCUUAAAUGUUUGCACCUGCUUCCUUUUGUAGCAUCAAGUUUGCACCUGGCUGUGUUGUUGGAAAGUUAAAUACAGUGAUUUGGAUUUCUCCAAACCAGGAUACUUGUGCAGUGGGUGGAAACAAAGUAAAAAAAGAAACACUUUUAUUGCUAAAGAAGUGUUAAAAUUUAUUUUUAUCAGGGCACAUUAAUGCUCUAGUAACAAUUUAUCUAGUUUCCCUUGGUUAUUACUUAUUAGUCAGGCUCCUUGAGGACACUUUCGGCAGAGUCACUGCUUUGGGAAACUUAAAAGUCAGUGAGUCAGUGCUGAUGUCUUUGUGGACUGAUAUGCGUCAUUUUCCCUCGUGUCAAAUGCUUUUCAUAAUUGUUAAGCAUGAUUUGUUCGAAUGAUGUACUUAAUUUUUCAUAUUUAGCAGUCGAUUGUCAUCAUUCUGCCCAUGUUUUGGUGAUUUACUUGCUUACGACUGAAAAUUUGAAAUGCACUAGUCAUGACCUCAUGACCAUUUGCCUGAUAUUGUAUAGGCCUCCCUCUCACCAGCGAAUGGACCUCUGAAGGUGUGCUGUUGCAUCUGGUACCAAGACAAUAGCAAAUUGAGUCCUGUGUGUAGGGGUAUUAUGGAUAGUUCAGACUUGGUUGUCCAGCCCAUCACACAGAAACUUGACUGAAUUGAGAUCAGAGGAAAUAGGAAGCUGAGUCAGCAGUGCCAUGUUCCUCCAAGGUAUCGUCUUCCAGUGCUCUGUGGUCUGUUAUGCUUACAUGCCACUGAAGGCUCUUUCUAUAGUGGAAAGUGGUCAGCAUAUGCAUCCUGACAGGUCCAGCUCCAUACAAUGCACCCUGUAUUCUGACAGCCUUCUAUCAGAGUCAGCAUAAACUUUAUCAGUUUGAGCUUGAGGAGCUCACAGAUCUCACAGGCCAACCUUUACUCUCAGUGAGCCUUGGCUGCCCAUGACCCUGUUGACUGGUUCAUAGGUUUUCCUUCCUUAAAAAUCUAUUGGCAUGCGCUGACCCCUGCUGACUGAGAACAACCCACGAGAACCACAGUUUUGGAGAUGCUCUGACUCACUUGUCUAGCUAUCAAAAUUCAGUCCUCUUCAAAGAUGCCCAUAUCUGCACAAAAUGAUCACUUACUGCUUGACAUGUCCCACCUACUGAUGGGUGACAGUGAUAUUCCCUUCACCUAUGUUAUGCCAGAUUGGUGUGAUUUGAAUUGUACAAAAAUUACAAAUACAAAAUGUCUUAAAAGCAGGGGUCUAACUUUAGUCUUGCACUAAGUUUGGAUUACAUAAAGUCUGCCAAAGUUCAGGAGUCCAGUCAGAGAUGAAGAGGACUAUCGGAUUAUAUAUGGAAAGCCUUUGAUAACUCCAGCCAAGUUCCCUUUUGGAUUAAUUUUAGAAUGAACACGGCCUGAACAAAUGCAACCCUUUACAGCCGAGAGUUUCUUCGUUUCCGUUCAUCUUCACAACUUUGUCUUCAUGCUCUGACUCAUACUUUAUAUGCAUCACGCUGAAAAAGAAACUGACUGUUUUAUGCGACCUGUUCCACAGCGUGCCAAAGAGCAUCUCAGACUUGCAUUUAUCCGCGCACUUCUCUCCUCUCUGACUCCUGCAGACCUGGCGACUCAGUUUAGCAGACAUUACACAGUGAAAACCAGCUCCAGCCAUUGUGAGUCACCCAAUCUGCGAGGUAUCUCAAGGACACAUUAAAGUGACAAACUCCAGAGAAAGAAAGCCUCAGCUGUAGUCGCUCUGAGUAUGUGUGGCUCUUUAUUUGACCACAAGGUGGCAGCAGGUGUAAAGAAAAGGCUGAAGCGAUUGUUGGAUUUGUACCUGAGCUUGGAACCCCAGAGGGAGGCUAUAUGGUUCAUGUCUCAUAGUUUUAAAGAGAUUUUCAGUUCGUAUUCGGCAAUAGAUCUAACAUGCUUCAUACUUAAAUCCAGGCAGAAGCGCAAUCUGACAGAGGUUAAGCUUUGAACAUAAAUAUAUAAUGCAGAAUAGACUCAGGAUAUUAUACUAUGGCAAGACAUUAUAUAUCACAGUCUUUCUAUGCAUGAGCAUGCCAACCUUAUCAGAGUGAAAUCAUAGAGACAGAUCAUUCAAGUGAUUGCAUUAUAUAACCUGCAAUGCAUUUCAUAGCAGCAGUGUUUUAUUGCAUGUGGACGUAUCUGCAGCCGUGGAGUGAACAUCAAUUGUCUCUGGUAGAAGGAGGACGCCAAGCAGAUCCUCAUUAGGGAAUACUUUAUCUUCCUUGACAAAGAUUUAUUUGUGUGCUGUGUCUCUGCUGUGUCUCUAAAAGCGCUCUGCUCCACAGAGUCCCACCCGUUUCUGGGAAUUUUACCAGCAGCUCUGUAUUUUCUGAGAAAUGUAUAUCACACUUCUGCUUAUCCAGAGGAAUGAUUAAUGUCUUAUCGGAGUUGUUAUUGAUAUUUCUUUAUGGUGCAUUGAAAUAUUCAUUCCUACCACUCACAGGCAGCUCAAUAAGAAUACAGGGUGAGACAAACGGCUUGGCUGUUUAAUUUUCCGACCGUUACUAUCACCUUUCUCUGUCAUUCCUUCACACUCUCUGUCUUUGGGGUGAUAUUUCAGCUCCCUUCCACUCUUCCUCUCUCUUCCUCUUUCACUCACACUGUUAACUAUCAUGUUAAAACACUCAAAGCGCUGACCAGGGUACCACUUCUUCACAUUCAACACUUUUAUCCACUAAAUCAAAAUGUUACAUAAGGGGGGGAUGGACAGUCGAAAAGGGAACACUCUCUUUCCAUCUCUCUCUCUCUCUCUCUCUCUCUUUCUCUCUCCAUCUCUCUCCUGGACAGUCAGGAGAUGGGAGAUGUCAAACCGAGUCCUAGAAAAAAAAAAAGCCUCUAAAUGUUUCAUGCUGUUUUAUCUCGGGGAAGAGAGGUUUGCUAUGCUGCUGAAUGCUCACGUGUUCUUCCUCCCACAGUUUGUGUGUGUUCGCGUGUGUGUGUGUGGUAUGUUCUGCGAGGUGUGUGCGUGUCUGUGUGUUCCACAGCCCAUGCAAUAAUAAACGUGGAGUCAGUGGCAUGCUCACGCCAAUAGAUGUUAGUGUACACAUGUUUGGGCCUUUGCACCAUUUUACCUUCAUUUUAGCAAUGAAUUGUAUAAAUUUCUUCACGUCGAAUAUAAAAACAAACCUUUACAUUUUUUUCCUGUAUUGGUUUGCCUUCAUCUGUGAUAAAAAAAAUGCAUCAUCUAGUUCAGUGGUUCUCAAGUCCAGUCCUCGAGGCCCACUGUCCGGUAUGUUUUGGACGUUUCCCUGCUCCAACACACCUGAUUCAAAUAAUCAGCUCGUUAUCAAGCUCUGCAAUGGCUUAACGAGCUGAUCAUUUGAAUCAGGUGUGUUGGACUUGAGAACCACUGAUCUAGGUGACCUUUUCACAGAUGCAUGCUCAUGAAUAUGUCUUCUUUCCUGCAAAACAUAUGGUAGUCUUUGUGUUGCAGUACUUUUAAUGGUUUUGAAGGACUUGCUGUGCUUCUGGGGAUGAUAUUUGUACAGUUUUUUUGUGUCAUUUGGACCCAUUUCAUGUCCAUAAGCUCCAAAUCCCAUUUACCCCCCUCAUGUUGUGCCACAGCCAUGGGUCUUGAGUGUACCAUUGUUGUUCGGAGUUUGCUUUGUGUGUGCUGACACCUGUUGCAGGCAAUCCCUUUAGCCAGAUUUAAUGUGUUCUUUAUGGCAUGCAUGGCCCCCGGGGUUUAAGAGAAUAAAAUACUCAGAAUUAGAAUAAGCUAUUAGGUUUAGGAUGCUGCAUAAGCUGAUUAAGAUUUUGCCUUUUUAAAAUUCACACUGCUUAUUCUGUGGCCUCUUUACUGACCGAUGUUCCCUGUUUGGAUACAGGCUUGAAGGAGACAUAUGUGAGAUUACCCGGGGAAACACCCAGCAUGCAUCCUUGACUCCUUUUUUAUUUAUGGUUUAUGGAUGCAUUUUAUUUCCCCCCCUGGAGAUCACCUGUCUCUCCCUGUACAGCCCCUCGAGAAUUCCUAAUACGAACCUCAAUCACGUAUGAUUGCGUUAAAGAGUUGAAGAGAGAGAGAGGGAGAGAGAGAGAGGAGAGGAGAGGAGGGGAGAGAGAGAAAGGAGAGAGGGAGAGGAGGCUAUGGACCGCGACCGUCCACUCUCGCUGUCGGCGAUGUAACACACCGACGUCGUCCAUCCGGGACGCACUGGGAAUAACGCGUAACCGACUUUAUCAUUUGCGCCCUACAACAUAAACCACUCCGGCGUGCGUUCGCCACAACUAAUUGUUGCUUUUUUUUUCCCUGACGAGAAUCCCCCCCUGCAGGCUUGAAUUACAUCUCUGCAGCAUCCUUUGCAGAGUAGCCUCUGCUGCUGCUGGUGCUGCUGCUGCUGCUGUGGAUUCCAUUUUUCCGGUGCCAUUAUCGACGGAACCGGAGACUGGGCUCACAACUGGGCUCACUGGAGCGUCAGCGAAUCCUUUUCAUUCACCCUUUUUUUUGAGCAUGGAGUAAAAAAAUCAACAAAGGCGGGUGGAAAAGUUGGGAUCCUUUUCUCCGGCCACGCACGAACGACUCGUGGAUGGAUUUAGGUUGAUGCGCCGAGGAAGCCUGAGGACAGGGCUGGUGUGCAGAUGAGGAUUACGAAGUCGUGCUGGCCAGACGCGGUGCUGUUCACCUGGAAUACCUGAAGCAGCCCCCAUGCCACGCAGCUGCAUCAACUUGGCGACACUGUUGCAUGUAUGCACGGUUCAUAUGUCGGCCCCCUGUGGCCUGUAGCCCAUAGAUUUAUGUUCUGUGUAUGAUCUGAGGCUGUUGAUUCAAAGCCCUGAGAGCCACAGACUCAAAAAAAUCACAGCAGCUGAAUUUCACGCUUCUGUUCUGUCCCCGCAAGAGGAUGCAGCCUGAAGCGUAAUGAUGCCCGGAACUCGGAUUUUCUGAUCAGGAUGACAUUUGGUUAAAAAGAAAGAAAUUAUAAUAAUAAAACUCGUGGACCGACACACGAAAUCAACACUCUCGUCUUUUUUACAUUUUUUUGCGCCAAGAAAGCUGCACCCACAUCCCGCCUCUGCCGAACCAGACUCUCGGUUUUUCUAGACUCGGUUCGGGGAGACAUGGCUGCGAUCGCCAGCUCCCUGAUCCGGCAGAAACGCCAGGCGAGGGAGUCGAACAGCGACCGGGUCUCGACUUCGAAACGCCGCCCCAGUCCCAGCAAAGACCCCCGCUCUCUGUGCGAGAGGCAUUUCUUGGGGGUUUUCAGCAAAGUCCGUUUCUGCAGUGGCAAAAAAAGACCGGUUCGGCGGCGACCAGGUCAGUCAUGUCGAUUUAUUAUUACAGAUGUGUGUUAUGUGUGCGUAUGGAAGUGGUUUUCCCCUCAACUCCCCCCCACCCCACACACCCCGCCCCUCUUUGGAGUAGCAGAGGCAUUAUACUGCAGUCAAGGACCGGAGAAGGUAGAUUUUUCUCCGCGUUGUGAAAAAAUAUCCACCUGUUCCAUCAGGUUCCCCCCGUUGUCCGUCGAUCCACUGCACGACACAGCCCUUUCCUUUCCACACCAAAACACAGUAAUGUAUAGGAAAUGAUCCAUAAACUGUGACGUUACCCUUUGGCUAUUUAUUGAGAUUCUGCUCAGAUCAGAAUAAUCAAUCACCCUGGAGCAAAAGUGAUGCCACUGGAAAGCUUGUGCAGGUUUUGUUCCAGCACCCAUUCAAUUUAUGCCAGCCUCUGAUUUUUAAAUUCAGACAAUGUACCCCCCUCCUCCAACCAACCACACAUGUAUACACACACAACUUGAACACACUCGUGCCUAAUUCAAUAUUUCUGCAGAUUAGAGUGUACAUGAGGGGAGAUAAGUUGCUCCGCAGUGCACCAAGGCUCUUUUCAGAUUAAAUGUUUUAAUGGUUAAAUGUUUAUUGCAGAGAGGGGAGCUUUACUGCAGUGAAGGGAGGUCUAGCUGUAGUGAUUAAGAGCUACUCUGGCUGUAUUGAUAGACACGGGCUCUGUGCCUGCCUGUACUUCACUCAGAGGUAGAGCCUCAUUCCCCUCCUAUUUCACCCCCCCUGAGUCUGUCCUGCAUGGUGCACAGAUAACAAGCUGGCAGUGCACGCCAGCCCCAUCCUGAAUACAGAGAAAAAAUCAGUUGUAUGAUGACCGACAGUCAGGUCCUCUCAGGGUCCUGAAGUCCUGCAGACAGACAGACAGACUGAUUAUGAGGGAGGCAGACGGCAGUUUUUUAAAAGCGGAAAGGGAGGACAAUGGAGACAGACAAUCACCCAGACAGCCAGCCAGACAGGCUGAAGUAAAUCCCUGUUGUCGUGCAGCCUCAUUUGACACAAGCUCAGCUUCAAAAAUGCCACUAAAUGCUUGGUUAGAGACAUAAGCAGACAGCCAACAAGCCGUCAGGCCUCCAGACAUUGUUUGCAGGUAGGUAACACCUCUCAGAUCACACACACACACACACGCAGACAGUGAGACAGUUAUAUCCAGACAGACGGACAAAAAGAUUCUCUGUUUCCUCUGAUCGAUCAGCCUUAUAUGUCCACUGAUGCCUUGCCAUAUAUUUGCAUAUAAACAGCCGAUUACGCUGGAGACUUCUUGAAUUCUGCCUGUUUAAAAGACUUGUUGUUUUUCCUUCUAUCCCCCUUCCCCUCACUUCGUAAGAUGCCCCCUCGAAACCUCCACAGGUGUCCCAUAAGGGCUGCAGGCUAGGUCAGUAGCUCAGCCUCCAUCCGUGUGUGCUGUGUUUUUUCUCCUCGUCUCCACCCCCAUCUCGCGCCCAUGUCGACUUCCCCUUUCGGCCAGGGAGGGAGGGAAGGGAGGGGAGGGGAGGGAGGGGCGUGGGGCUUUAACACCUGUCUGACAGCCGACAAACCCCUCUCCCUCGCUGAUUUCUUCUCCUUUUUUUCUCUCAUCCCCUCCUUCCUCUGUGUGGCUUUUCGUGGAUAUUCCCAGCUUACUUUGGUACCUGUAAUUGAAGCCACGUCGUUUGUCGCUCCCUGUGUCUUUCCUUUCCUCUCCUCUCUUCUCCUCUCCUCAUCUAUGGCUCGGCCUCCUCUCAUUUUGUCUCUGCCUCAUUCUCCUCUUUGUCCGAUGUCGGAUCCAGUCUUUUAUCCUCGCUCCUUGUUCUGUGUCUGUAAAUAUGUGUCAAGUUCGUCUGUGUAGAGGCUCUUUGCUGUACUGUACUGUACACCGGUGAUAUGAUGUGUUUCCUCUUGUCAAACACUAUAUCAGAACAGGCGAUCAUUCACCAUUUCACGGUCAUGACGCCAUUUGUCGACGUUCCCUAAAUGUUUUUGUCCUCUUGUAUUGGUAUGACAUAAAUUUAUUGACAUUUUAAUGGCCCGUGCACACACACAACAGGAUGAUCUGCUGUAAGUUGCCACUGAGGGACAUUUUUCACACAUAAACACAUUGUUAACCCUGAAAUUUAGACCUGCAAACACACACACACACACACUUUAAAAACACACACACACACUCUGCUAAAUGAUUGGAACUGAUGAGCCGUCAGCAGCUGUUUGGGCCCAUGUUGAGGCCUUAAUUUAUGGAAGUGUAGUUACCACAUGUGAUUUACUGAUGUGUACACUCCCAUGUGCUUUCACACACGCAUAAGCACACACACACACUAUCUCCACACCCUGCCUGUGAUGGAUGAUGAAGGGGCCUGUCCUAGGAAUUGAUGGCCUCAUCCCAGGGGGUAGGUGAGUUGGGGACUGAUGAUCAGAGUGAUGUGAACUCUUUCUAGCUGGGGGUCACUGUCCCCUCCUUCAGUCUUUCUAGAAGUUUGUUUCCUACACGGUUGUCUUCGAUACAAAAUAAAUCGAGCGUAUACUCCAGUAAAUAUAGCAGUGAUCAAGAAUCUACCAGCAGCUGGACUCGAUCUGAAACCAUGUCUGAAAAUGUUUCUCUCGGCGAAAUCAUUUGGGGUUUUUACUCGCCUGACUGCACUACACAUAUUUGCAUGACGUCAAAGUUUUUGUCAUGACCUUGGAGGAAAAUCAGGCACACUUCUGCCUCUUCAGUCCAUUCAUGUUGAAAAGAGCACCCUUUCAGCGACUGCGAGUGUUUGUUGAGGCGCACAAAAUGAAACUGAGCGUCAGUUCAACUGUGACAAAACACAUAAUUUGUUUCUUUUGUUAGGCAGAAUAAACAAAGGAUUAGUUACACCCAGCAUCUGAGCUGCUGUCUUAUUUCAAUGGAGCUUGUCUCGAAAUCUCUGCCAGUGCAAGAACAAUGCAUUUCUGCUCAGCUUUGGUGCUCCACUAUACUGUAAACCUUUUGAAAAGUGUAACUGUUUUAGCUACAUUUACAUACUUUCCACUCCUACGCACACUCAGGAUUAGUCUUGUGGGUCUAAAAGUUUGAAGUCUGGAGCUUUUUCUUGUCAAAAGCCGUAACCUAACGUUGAAGGAAGGUCUGGCUUGCUUCUGCUUGUAUACAGUCAAACAAACAGUUGGGAGUUUUGGAGACAAAAUGUUCACUUUCUCUAUAAGCGUUUAUUUUACUCUUUUCUUUUUUCCUGGCAUCGCCCAAAGCCAGGAGGCUUUCUUUGCCCCGAGCUAAUCCGUGUUUCCACCUGCUCCCCCUGAAGUGUUGAGCGCUUUGAACAGCAUACUGGCCAGGCGCCAAAUGUCACAGCCUUAGAGUUGUCGGUCACUUCGGGGUUAUGGCAUUGAGAAAGUUUGGGCCUGUUUGCUUUAAGGUAAAGACGAGAUUUAGGAAUGAAACUGUCGGCUUAAAAAAAAAAACCUGACAAACUCUCGAUCGUCAGUGCUUUUCAACCUCAAAAUGCACGGUUGCUUCAUACCAAAUAUACGCCGUUUUCAUCUGAGUGUACUAUAGGUCUGAGAAAGGAAACCCCCUCAUUGAUUUUCUGUCAUGUUGAUCUUAUUGUAUAGGCCUGGAAAUUAAAUAGCUGUUUGCUGUAUUUUGAGAUUAUGUCUGAGAUGACUCAUUACAAACUGUCCAUCAUAGAGGUAUAAACAUUCGCUGACUGGCAUGUGAAGUAAAUAAGUGAGGUGUUGUAAGUUUGAGUUAUUUUGUGAGCAGAGAGCUGCAGAGGCUGGACUGAGCCACACGAACAAUAUGACUUUACUUAAUGUUUAUUAAUUUAAUUCACACAUUAAUUGAUUUUGCUUUUGAUUCAUGCAAUUCUAAAUAUUUCUAAAAGUAUUUGUGAGUAAAUGAUUUUAUGUGAGUGAAAAAACUCAAAAUUGUUCUGCUGGUUCCCUCCAUCUUUCACAGCCAACUUGUCUUUUUUAUCCCAACUAAUUAAACACCAUACAUUUAUGUUUGUGAGACAUUUGUUUGUUAAACAUAUCAGCUGUGAGUGUGCGAACACUUAGCUGAAGGCAGAGGUAGACUCUUGUGUGUUUUUGUCAUAGUUAUGAAAGUACUCCUCUGACAUAUUCUUGGUGGGGAUGGGGCUGUGGUUCGGCCGACGGCCUUGUGCGUGUGUGUGCGCGUGUGCGUGUGCUUGUGUGUGUUCCAGAGCCGCAGCUGAAAGGCAUCGUGACACGACUGUUCAGCCAGCAGGGCUUCUACCUGCAGAUGCAGCCGGAUGGAACCAUCGACGGCAGUAAGGACGAGAACAGCGACAACAGUGAGUGGAGCACUAUGGAAGCUCCAGCUUCCAGCAUUAAUGAUUUAAUGGCAAUGAGUCACUUGGUUAUGUAAUCUAUUACCACAUUUUUAUAUGCCGUGUUUUAUCAUUUUUAAUUCUUACAUAACUGAUGCCAGCCGCAAGCGCACCAAAAUUAGUUCAAGAUGCCCUUGUUGAAUUGGAUUAUCAAUAGAAAAACCCACUGUUUUUAAAGGCAACUGUUCACCAAAUUCAACAAAGCAGGUUGCCCUCUUUUCUGCAGCUGGUUAUGUAAUAGCAUGCAGGAGACAUAAAUGUGUCCACAUCUACUCAGAUGCUUUAUAAAUUCUGAUCAAGUCGUCUCAAAGCGUACCUUUCACGGUAAGUAAAUAGAAUAUUUAUGGAGCAUCUUCAAUUAAAAUUUCAAGCCCUUGAGUGAAAUUAAUUCCAAUCUCUGCCCCGCUCUUUCUAAGUAAACUGUUUCUGCUGUGUACACUGCAUGAUUGUAAAUGUCACGUUGUAUUGAUUGAUUUGGCGAUGAAGCGUGUGAUUAUCACAGCAGAAAUUUCUUCCCGGAAAAACCCAUCGCAUGAAACAAGUGUAGCCCCACAGCUUCACUUCCUGUCACAGAGAACCCUCCCUUAGACACUUCUUAGCAAUAUUUCACCGACGAUCGACUUUCCAUAGUGGACUUCCAGUGGAUAAAUAGUCUCUGGGGUAUUGUCUCUUAAAGGGAACAUACCUCUUGAACCGUAAAAGACCUGGACAGGAGAAUAUCCGUAGAAUCUGUAGGGUGUCUUGGGUAUUAAAACAUAAUGCCCAGGCUUUUGGAACAGGCCCCAGUAAGCGAAGUAUCAAAGAAGAGAUAUAUAUCAGUGUGGAGCGUCCACCAAAGCGAUAAUGACGACACAGCCAGUCUGGAGGAAAGCCAGACAGGAAACCAAUCAUGACCUUUCUUCUCUCAAACAUCCUGCCAAUCUUAAGAGGAGCCAGAGCCAAAGCUGCUGGACUGGAGAAGUCAUGCAGUGAAAAAGAACUGUCUCUGGAUGUUUUUAUAUUACAUGAAGAGACGGAUUUUUACAGAGAAAACUGCUCAUACCAUAAAAGACAAAAAGAUCACUGCACAGAAAGAGUGAUCAAAACCAGCGUCCACAUUAUGCAUUUCUCUGUGUACCUCUGAAACCUUGCUUUUCUUUGGAGCCUCCAUUGUGUUUCUGAGGGGUUUGGCUGAUGAGGUUUUUGUUGAAUGUGAGGUAUUCCCCACCUCUCCGUAAUCCUCUUGUUAAGCAGUCCCACUGGCCCUGGGAUGGAGGGAUGCGGUGAAUAAUUCAGCCACAGGAAACUAAAAAUACCACCUUCUCCGUUUGUACCCAAUGAAUAAUUCCCUGUAUGAGAAGCCUCAAGCUCGGAGACAGUCCGAAGGAAGACAGAGAAGGAGAAAGAAAGGGGAGCGGGAGGUCCAAAGAGAAAGGAAUCGCUAUUGUUGGACAAAGACGGAUGCUGACAGACGGAGUGAAAGACAAAGAGAGAGUGAUUAAAAAAGAUAGAAAUGUACGGAGGGUGUUUUGUAUUCAGCCAUUGCACUGACCUAUUGAUUUUCUGGCUGGAUUAUUAGAAUAAUAGAUUACCCCCACCCUUGAACUGCACCACCUUCUGACCUGCAGCAUCCUCAGCAGCGACAGAAUAAAUACAGUAGUUUGUUUUUAGAGGGAGGUUCAGUGGAACGGAUGGGACUGAGGAGCGUGAAGCCGCCUGUAUAUUAGGUGCGACCUGAGCCUAGGGUGCAUUUCUAUUCCAUCUUUUAUCAUUCGUCAUAUUUCUCCACUGAAUGACAAGCUGAACUUUCAACUGCAAAAAUGCAUGAAAAAAAAAAGCGGAUCGAAUUUAGCUUUAUUAACACUACAGGACUCCAUAUAAUCAGAACGUAUGGCUGAAAAUCCUCAGUUAAUUAUGAGAUGAAGCGAAUGUGACACUGCUUCAGGGAAACGCAUGGCUGACUGGCUAAACUAACAGCAAGGGCUGUGAAACAGCAUUCAGUUGAUUAACACUCAUGUUCAAAUUUGAGCAGUUAUUAAUUUGAUUGUCAUCAGAUGAUUGCCUGCAGUAAUUACCUGCACACACACACACUGAAGCUCUGUUCCUGGUUAUGAGAAUCCUGCAGUAUCAGGCGCUCGCUCUCCAUCUGUCUAAAUUGCUCCUGGUUGAUUUAUGGGAUGCAGCAGGAAUUGUUUUCAUUAGCUGAAGACCGAGUGACCAAUUUCAAGUAUUUUUUGACUCAAACACUGAGACUGUGUGACACAAUUUAUAUAACAAAACAGACUCGAUGAGUAUACCAGCUUUCCCAUCUUUGGAUUUGCAUCUCCUUUCUGGAUUUGGAGACUCGCCUCUGGCAUUUGAAGUUUGGCUCAUUUUUUUUUCCCUUUAAAUCUUUCCUGCAGGGUUUAUUUCCUGCUGCGCAAGUAUCCCUCACAUCUAAUGCACUUACAUUAGACUACCUGCAGGAUUUGCUUGUAGCUGACUGGAAGGGCUUUUUCCUUUAUUGGCUUGUUUGAACCCAUUUUGUCUGGUCCUUUGACGAUAGAAGAUCCCCGGAAAUCUCACACCUCUCCCUGCAACAAGCCCAGCUGCUAUCUUUUUCCCGGUGAGAGAUAAAAUUGAGGUUAUUAGGAGAGAAGGGUUAGCUUUCAGACUAGUCAGCGGUCGGUGUGGAUGUAAUUAUAGAAUCUAUCAACUACCGGAGCUGCAAAUAGUAAACCAGGACGUUUAGAUGGUCUUUGGAUGACAGUUCCUGACAGUAGUUUACCGUUCCUGCAAAUAAAUGAGGAAUGGGGACUGCAGACCGUAAUUACAGUAAUAAAGGAACCUUAUUUUUUGUCUCUUUGCUUUCAUUUUUCAAGUCAAGUCAGAGGCCAUAUUCACACAGAUGAUUUGGUCCUUUGAAGUCACUGAAUUUCAAGUGAUGUGAAGCAUGGUCCAGGUAAAAACUAAUUUUAAUUUAAGGUAGAUAAAUAAUUAGCAGGGGAAGAUAUUGGUUUGUGGAAAUCUGUAGAAUUAUUGGGCCAUACUUCAAGUUGAAUCAGAAUAUUAGAUAGCCAAUUAAUGUAGCUAUCAAGCCUCCCAACAGACCAUCGACUGUAUAUACUAUGGACAACUUGGUUCCGCCUUCCGUCAGUAUACGGAUUUGAAGCCAAAAUGCUCUUGGUAAUUCUGCAUUAUUUUCUCCAUUUCCUGAAACCAACAUUGCACAGUAGCUUUGUACGCACUUCACCACUUGGGCAGUAGCAUUGGGCGCAUUCGGCGGGAGAGUCGCCGAGAGUCGCUGUGAUGACGCUUAGCUCAAACAGCGUAUCCCCCCGGGUGAGCUAUGCAAUCCUUGUACGCCCAUAGGCUGUAUCAAGUGUCAAUCAUAGAAAACAUGAACCCCAAAUAACUUUUCAAAAUGGAGCUGUACAGAAAAAAGAGGACUUGAGCACAAACCAGUCUUACAAUAACUACAUGUCAACAUCGUAAGCAGGGGGCGAAAAAAUGUAUAUUCUGUGUAAUAAAUUUUUAAAGUUUGUCCACAGCUCCAUAAAAUUUGCUGGCAGAGGCGGGAUUUAUGACCUAUACUGCAGCCCAUCACCAGAGGGUGCUGUUCAUUUCUGUUGUCGAAAUGAACGCCUUACCUGUUUGGAUCCCUUAAACACAUUUAGUCUGAAAUGUUGUGUAGUUAGCAUUCAGAAUUAGCCCCUUUUCUGUCUUGUUUAUGAGAACAAAGCUGAGAGUUAACGCUUGCAGAUGUCUGACAGAAGCUAAUACAUUUUCUAUAUUCUGUCUGGCAGUACAAUUAAAAGUAAAAAUCCAGGGGAUGGCUGCAUCUGUUCGAGUCAAGCUCAUGAGUUAUCAAAUAUGUCGUUUAAUUUUGAUGUAUUGCCUGAUGCCCCUCCUGAUUUUCUCUUUCAAAUUGAAAUUUCAGCGACUGAUUAACAUUAAAUCAGCGAAAUGAUUGCAAUUUGUGGGCUCCUUUGUUUACUUAAUUUUAUUUCUGAAAACAGCAGUGCUGCAUAAAAGCCCCCACACAGAGGAAAAUAUGGUUUAUUAUACUGAGUCUUUUAAGGGCCCCUAUUGCAAUGCUGGCUGCACAGCUAAAAACAUAAUGUGUUUAAAUAGGUGGAUGUUCUCCAGGGUGGAGCUCUCCUGAGUUUUAGUGAUACGUGACAGAACUGUGGACUGUGCCUCUGGGAGACAGUGCCAGUCAUCAGAGCGAAAAAGACAACAGCAGGAGCCAUGAAAGGCAAAUAGAAAUACGAGCGAGGGAACGCACAGAGAGUCAUGACUGAGAAUAGAAAAAGAGAGAAAAGAUGAAAAACAGGGUAGCCUACUGAGAAGCCUGUGAAAACAAAAUUCAAAGUGCUAAUGGACUGACACCCCACCUUUGUACCGCAAACAUCCAGCCCUCAAGGGUAUGUCGAACUGCAGGAGUCGCCGGUGUGUCACCCGAACCACUGGCUUGAGGGCAGAGUGAAGCCAUUGGCAGGCGAAAGCAGCCUGUCGAUAUUUAUUGAGCGAAAUUGGAUCCGCUCUGAGGACGGACCUAUGUUGGCACGUCUCCUUGCAUCCCUGCCAGCCUUAUCUGAUGGUCCCCAUCACCACUUGCAGAACAAUCAUCUCAACAAUACGCGGAGCCGGCAGUGCUUCGAGCGUGUCCUCGCACCCUCAUUAAACCAAAGCCCAUGAAAGUCACAGUUCAGUCUUCAGAUUCAAUACAGCACAGCCGGAGAUAACAGGAAUUCAUUUCUAGGAGCAGUAAGCAGAAUAAAAUUAGACUUGUUGUUUCUAGUGUAGAUAAAGUGUCUAGAUGAUUGUAUGAACAUCAGAAAAGAAGUGUAGUUACUUCAGACAUUCUCAUUUUAGAGCUUCUGAUACCAUCUUGAUGACAAUUCAAAGCCCAUAAUAAAUACAUUUUUAUUGAUAAGUGGGAAAUCUUUUUUUUUUUUUGUCAGCUCCACGCUCUGUUCAAACCAAGAUGUAUUUUAGCUGUCAUGAUUUUUAUUUCUUGGGUGUUGUGUAGGGCUGGGCGAUAUGGUCUCAAAUCAAUAUCAUGAUAUAUUGAGCAGUUUACCUCGAUAACGAUAAAUGGAUGAUAACUACUCCACAAGCCGCUCACCCUCUACCAUAUUAACUUUGUCUUCUUCAGCCGCCGUUCCAACUUUUGAACCGUCCUCCAUCUCCUCACUUGUCUUUCCCUCUUUGUUACGGACUGGAUGGGGUGGAGUCACGUUUCCAAUGUAGGUCUUAAAGGGACAUGAGACCAUGGCCUACCUACGCACAACCAAAACCAACUUUUAUUUAUUUUUUUGACACCAAAUAUAUUGACAUGAGCAAAAUGACGUCGGUUAUUGUCGUAAAUUUCGGUAUUGGUAAAUUUUUGGUUUAUCACCCAGCCCUAGUGAUGUUAUUCAUGUUAGCCUUUGGAGCUUUGGCUAUUUUUUGGCGACAUAGGAAAUUCUGGAGACAUGUAUAGGGUAACUGAAUAGGAAAGAAUGAGGGUAGGUACAUAUAAGCUAAAUAGCUUCAACCUACUCCUUUUCGAUCUCCAAAAAAUUUGGGAUUUCUUGUCUAAAAUUGUACUGUAUGUAUUUUUGAUCAAAAAAACAAUCUCAAGGAAUGCUAUUAAAAAAGACGACAUUAUCAAGAAGGAUGCUAAAAAAGUCUUACACGCUUUGAACCCUGUUACAUUACAUUUUUGAGGGGUACUUUUGCCACAACUUACACAGAAAACACUCCCCAAUAGGGUCCAGCUGUAAUGAAGAGCGGUUUUGAAAAUGGAGGCUGGAUCACGAAGGUCAUGGCAUGUUUAGAUUAGUGUUACUGCUGGAUUUGAGUCGGAAGCAUGAGCAGACAAAGCGAUGAAGAAAAUGAGUGCAGACACCAUGAAGAUACCCAGUUUCAAGGCUGAACUUUUACUUUGCCUCAUUAGACAUUCAAGACCCUGGAAAAUCAAUUAACUCAAUUGGCUAAGUGCUUUGAUUGAUGGGGUUGGGCAUGAACAUAAAAUUACUACAUUCUCGGGUUUUUAACAUGAGAGAUUUCUGCCCGCACUUUUAUCUGUGAUUAUGUGACUGCUUUAAAGCGGGCAGGGCUCUGCUGGGAGAAGAUGAUGUAACGAGUUUUCAUCUGUUCAGAAGUAUUGGCAACUUCAGGGUCUAGCCUGUGGUUUGACUUGACUGGAAAGCCUCCAAAAGACUGCAAACCAUCAUGCAAAAAAGCAAUGGCUCUACGCUGAGCUACAGAUAAGGGAAGUUUAUUUCUCCCCCUGGUAUCCCUGAUCUCACUCUUUCAGUCUACCCAUGGGUUAAUUUACUUGUAAAUUAGGCUUAAAAAUGAACUUUGGAGGAUGUUUGCUUGUGUUGCAGCAUUAAAAAGUGAUGUAAAACAUUUCUUCAUUGUUUGUCUGUACCCUGACCUUCAUAGUAAAAUAUGGAGAAAAAGAAACCUUUUUGUGGAGUUACUGCUCAUUGCCAAAGGGACGAAAAAUAGACCACAGGCUAACAUGAUUUAUAUUUCCAUUCUAAUGAGCCCGUCAUAAAUAUUUAACAUGACAGAGGGUUACUUUGCAAGACAGUAACACUAAUAUCUGGACAUAUCAGAGUGUUUGCAUUUAAAAUUGACAUGAGCUGUUUUAAAUAAGCAAUAAAAAUGCUGUCAAACAAAGUAAGUGUGCUCUCUGGGUUCCCGGCACACUUUCUUUAUUCAAUUUAGCUAUCUUCCACCAGAAAGUUUGAGUUUUCAGGUGAAACAUUAAAGCUUAUCCUUCACACUCUGGUGCAGCAGAGUUCACAUUGUCCAUGUCCUGUGCCGUUCGAUUCACUGCUGACAGAAAGCCACAGAACAGAGAUCAGAAACUGUCAUGUCUACAAGAGUUAAGUGAAUACUCCAUCGUCCUGUUUUGUCUUCUCUCUCUCUGAUGUGUCCCUUUUUUGUUGUCCCUUCUUAAACCCAUCCCUCUGACUCUCUCUCCCCUCUUCUCUUUGUCUCUGCAGCCCUGUUUAAUCUUAUUCCUGUGGGUCUGAGAGUGGUGGCCAUCCAAGGAGUGAAGAGUGGCUUCUACAUUGCCAUGAACGGCGAGGGCAUGCUUUACAGCUCGGUAAGUCACCGUUAUGUUGCGUACCGGAGUACAUUUGUGCAUUUGUUCACUUACACAUGUUGUAUUUUGUUCAGUUUGUUGUCACUCCUAAUAUCCUGCUGCAGCACAGACUCAGCCCUUUAAACCCUUUCAUCUCGGCUCUAUUCGAGAGCUCUUCAGAUGUGCCUUUGUGUUGCCGUGCAGCACUUAUUCCCCCCCUCUUUGUUGUUGAAGCAACACCGUGCAUGUUUUACAUUUAAUUUGACAUCAAGUUCAGUGCUCAGCCCUUUUUAAAAUUACCUCUCCUUAUUUCAUGGGCUACUAACGCAGGCUCGUUAUGUGGAAGCCAUAAAGAGACAUUCCCUCUGAAUUUCUUCCUCUUUUGAUGUGACGUUCUUGCCUCACUCGGUGUCAUCUCAGGACUGUUUCUGUGUUGUAGCAUGCUGCUCUAAAAGAAAAAAAAAUCACUGUCUUUUUAAUGCAGCAUGAAUUGUCAAAGCUCUCAUUUGAUCCUGGUGUACAUGUUUUUACAGGAAUUUGAAGCAACGUUUUUUUAAGAUUACAAAAGCCUCGCUCUGAGCCUGGAAAAAGCGAAGUCUCACCACAUUAGCAGAAAUACUCCUUCCAGUUUCAAAGAAGUCUUUUAAAGGCUCAGUGGGGGAGUGAAUAUUGUGUUGCACGGAUGUUUUAUUUACAGUGUUAAGAAAUGAAAGUAUAGGCUAGUGUGGGUAGAAGGUGCACAAAUGGGGGUGGACACAGUCACAGAUGUCAGCCGGAGUUGUAGCUGUUGCACUUGAAGAUGCUUUUAGAGCAUGUUAGUGGAAAUGAGUUGCAGUGGGGGAGAGCAUGUGAGGGAAAUGGGGUUGGGGCAUACGCAGAGAUAAAGGGACAGGGAGAUAUCCCUAGCUGGCACGAUUAUGUAACCUCCAGUUUCAUGCUUUUAAAUCCAGUGCAUGAAAGUGUUAAAGAAGAAAGGCAGAGAAGGUUCGGCUGUGUAGCCCUCAAACCUCUGCUGGGGGACUUAGCCAAGUUGGUCUCAGAACAAGAUGGAUUUGAUAAAUGUCUGCCAAGAGCUGGAAUUCACAAACUACCCAUAAAACUUUUUUUCCUUUCUCAAAAUACUCAUAAAAUCUGUGAAGGACAUGGUGUAGGAAGGGUCUGUCAUAUUGCAUCUUACAUUUAUUGAUAAGGGAGACGCUUUACUGCUGGAGAGACAAACCACAAACAAAGUCAGCUGUUAAGGAACAAAUAAAAAAAGCUAUAAAAAAGGCAACUAAUGCUGUAAAUAGUAAAUCUAUGUACCCGGAGGAAAAGAGAAUUGGACUUGCCAAUAUUCUUCUUAAGCUAUUCAUACUCAGAGUCCAAAGAUGGCUUAAAUCAAAAUCAGUCUCAAUGCAGAAAAGUUUCAAAGUUAUUUUCUUAACUUGGAGUUUCAGUUUCAAUGGCAUACAAAAGAGGAUUUUUCCCUUUUCUUGUGAACUUUUUGAUUUCAGUGAAGAAAAGAAGGAAACGUUGAUGAGUCAUCCUGCAUUACAAAUGUUCAUCCAAUAAGAAGCCUUCUGAUUUUUAAGCCCCUCCCACAUGACGCAGAGAACCUGUGAAACAGCUGACUUCAUUUGGACUUCAAUUUCUUUUCCUUUAAACGGCAAUCAAUAUUAACAACAAGUCCUUCUUGGCCAGGCCUCCUUAAGAAAAGAAAUCUUUGAUCCCAGUGGGACUAUUCUGGCUAAAUGAAGGUCAAAUAAAUAAAUAAAUCGUUGUGCUUCAAGUUUUUGAAAGGAACUCAUUAAAAAUGCAGUGCCAAAUAAGACUUUGCCAGCAUUACAUCAUUUUGUUUGGUUCAACUGUAUUGAUAGUUGAUGUUCAAUACUGCCUAGCAUUGCCAAAUAUAUAGUUUUUAUUGCCAAAGCAGCUAUUUUAUUAGGAGAUCAUCGACAAAAAGCCCCCAAAAUUCCUCACUCGAAAAUCAAGCAGAUUGUGGUGCAGUUGUCUUUGAAAAAAAAAGGCUUAUUUUUUUGGAAUCAUAUUCUGAAACCAGAGCAGCUGUAUUAUGGUGCAUCUGUCUGGAUACAAAGUGAUUACCCUCACUGCACAAUAAGCCGGAAAAGAUAAGCUUCUAUACAAGCAAAGUACCUCUGUGGGCGUAUGAAAGAAAUAUAGAAAAUCAAACAAUAGUUUAAGAGCCUGUCGAAAGUGUGUUUAUACGUAUUUGUACUGGUUGAAACAAAUACGUUUUCCAGUUUUUAUACUUUGUUCUUAAUAUUUGAGAACAUCAAAGUUUAUGAUCCUAAAAACAGAGAAUAUUUCUUUGACAAAGCACUUUUAAAAUUUGAACUGGUAUGUCUUAGCUGUAGGUUAUUUAUCAGAAAAAAACUGCGGUAAAAUCUCAGCAAAAUGUUUGAUGUCUCACUUCAAAUGACUCAAAUGUACAAACACAAACUGCCUCUCAAACAGCAAUAACUUGUAGGACGAUUAUAAUAAAAGAAUAACUUACUUUUAUGGAGCACAAGCAUUUAAAAAGUACUUUGACUUUGGAAAUCAAAUAGAUAAAAAACCCUGAACACAACAUAUCAGUCUCUGUAUCUGUGUUAGAUUCCAGUUUUACACAGGAGAUUUUGAAGCAGACUCGAUGGUGUGAAUGGUGUGUGCGUUUUCAGAAGACAGAAAGUACAAGUACCUUGCUUUGUACAACUUGAACACAACUCAGUGCCUGACAGACGUAUAAGGACUACAAGGUUCAGAGAGGGACGUGCGAUGAAUGCGCAGGCUGUUAUGACUCACCCAGGUAGACUGAUUCAUUCAUAACUUAAUGCUCAUAAAGAAGCUCUCAAUUCACAGCUCUACUAUACGGCUUGUAAUAACCCUCCACCCACAUCUCUAUGUCUAAUUAAAUUUUAAUCGUGCCUAGACAGCAUUCUUUUAAUUUGUGAAAUUGAUUCAAAGUUAGGGAUUUAGUAUGACCCCCCCCUCUACGCAGACUCCCACCCAUGGAUGAAAUCAUCGUCAGCGUCAGUCUACAUAAUUUUUGUUCAUUAGAAGUGAUUCAGUGUGUCUCUGUGAAUCACUUUAACUAUCAUUUUAAUGGGACGACUUCAAUUCUACCUUUCUAUUACAAGGGGAAUAGUUGUUAGUCAGAAGGCAUUUUAGCAAGAGGGCAAGCAAAAGUGGUCUCUGGUCAUACAGAGUAAGUCCGGCCUCUCAGAUGUGGAGCGUAGGAAAUUAGCAUGCAUUGGUAAGCAGAGCCCAGGGUGGUAGGAUGGAUCACACAGAGGCAUAUAAGCCUUGGAGAGCCUCCGAGUGCUCAUAAAGAGGCUAAAUUAAUAUGCAAACCGCUGGAUGAAAGCACACGGAGCCCCCGCUUCUGCCUCUCAUUUCCAUUAUUUACCAACAGAGAUUAUGAAUGUGAUAGACACGCAGAGAAGUGCAUUAGGGUUUCUAGAGGACUCUGAAGAGAGAACGUUUCUUUAUUCACACUUAAUAACAACUCUCCUGGCGCAAACACAGCUAUAAAACAACUCCUUCAUUUUCAUUUCUUCUUAUUUACUCACAUGUACUGUUGUUAUUAACUACGCAUAUUUUUAUCCUCCUCCUUCCUCUGUUCGCUCUCCUACCUCUUCUUAAAGGUCUCCAUUACAUUGUGUUUCUUCUUCCAGCUAUCAAGUUUCCCACUGCUUGUUUUUGUUGUCUUGUUUAGUCUUCCUAACGUCUGAGAGCAGAAAGGCUCCUCUCUCCCUCUCAAUCUCUCUCGCUUUCUCUCACCCCCCUCCUGGGAGAUAAUUACAGAGGGAUAUCCUCCUACAUCUUCAUAGCUCUACAGCUUUCUUUUUCUUUUACUUUCUCCCUCAGUCUUUGCAGCUUUCUUGUUAGUGAGGAUGUGUGACAGGCUUUACCCUGUACACUCUUGAGUGCGUUCUUAGAAGUUGUGCCGCAACAACUUUCUGUAGUUAUUCAUCUACGUGUCGGGUAUCUGGAUGUUCUUUUACAGGCCGUAUUACUAUUAAUGUUAAUUCAUUAAGUGGAGCUAAUGUAGCCACUGGUUUGCAGGAGAUAAUGCCUGUGCACAGUGUUUAGUGAUGAAGUGUGUGGGGGCUGAGCACCACAAUGAAGAGCUCCAUUCCAUUAUUUAUAACACUUCUCAAUAUGACCUAGUUUACUGCGGCAGUAACCACUGUUCUCUUUAUUCGACACUCUAUCUCUUUAUUUUCUAUGUAACCAUGUAUUAAUUCACCUGCCAUCCAUCUAUCUAUCUAUCUAUCUAUCUAUCUAUCUAUCUAUCUAUCUAUCUAUCUAUCUAUCUAUCUAUCUAUCUAUCUAUCUAUCUAUCUAUCUAUCUAUCUAUCUAUCUAUCUAUCUAUCUAUCUAUCUAUCUAUCUAUCUAUCUAUCUAGCUAUCUAUCUAGCUAUCUAUCUAGCUAUCUAUCUAUCUAUCUAGCUAUCUAUCUAUCUAUCUAUCUAGAUUUGAAGUCUUUCUAUACACUUAUGAUUUAAAUUCAAACAUAUGUAUUCAAUUACUUUUUAUUAACACACUGAGAGACAUCUUCCCUCUUUGUACCCAUCAACUUUCUCCAUUACCAGCAAUAACAAAGCAUUUCAAAUUAAAGUUUCACUUGUCAAACUCCAGUCUUCAAGACUAGAACUUAAGCUGGGACAUACUUUGCUUCUCAAGCUUAAUUCAGUCAGGUUCAACCCAACGUUGGACUUGGUGGUAAUGUUUCUUUAAGCAGGUUCUGUAGUUCAAGCCUUUUUCAAAACCCGAGUACCAACCUUGAAUGGACAGUCAGUCUUGAUCUUUGUGACUCAACCCAUGGAAAGCAUCUACCUGACCGUGUUUGCUUUUCUUUACUGAUACUCAGGGCAGAACACACUUUACCGAAACAAAGCUGCCAGACUGCAUCAAGUAAGUUGUAUCUAUGUAGAACAUUGACAUACUGUAAUUCACUAAGUCCUUCUUGGUGUGUGUCAGUAUAGGUAGCCGUAGCUUUGAUGAGACCACAGUGAAGAUGUAACUUUAAAUUUGAGUUUGUUCUGUUUUUGUCACCCAGCAAAUAACCGACACAUAAAAAGAAAAUCGACUAAGACUCCUUUCAGCCAAAAGAUUGUUUGACUAUCGGGAUAGAGCUGUGAUCUAGAAGUUCAAUCAUGCAUCUGUAAAUCCAUCCAUCUAUGAAACCAUCCGUCACCAAUCUUUCCAGAUUUUAAAUCCAUCAAUUUAUCCACCCAUCUAUCCAUCUGUCCAUCCAUCCGUCAUUAUCAAUCCAUCCAUCUAUGAAAUCAUCCAUCACCAAUGUAUCUGUCUUUGAAUCCACCCAAGUGUUUUAUUUUUUAAUUUCUUCAAGGGAACCUUCCCAAAAGGAUGAAUAAAGUUGUAUCUAAUCUACUCUAAUCAACCAACUGUCCAUCAUCCUAUCCACCCAUCCAUUCAUUCAGUCAUUCAUCCAUUCAUCAAUCCAUGCACACAUCCCUCUACCAACUGAUCAAUUCAUCAGUCUAUCUGUCUAUCCACACUACUGUUCAUCCAUGCAUUUAUAAACAUCCGUAUUUCUGUUUAUCCCACCCAUCCAUCCAUCUCUCUAUCCAUUGAUUCAUCCACUCAUCAUCCAUCCAUUCUUACAUCCAUCAAUCAUAAAUCAAUGGAUGUCAUAUUCAUAUACUUAUUAACUCAUUCAUCCAUUUAUUCAUCCAUCUAUCCAUAAGUUUCUCCAUUUAUAUAUCAAUCCAUUCAUGAAUUCAUUUAUCCAUUUAUUCAUCAAUCCAUCCUUUCAUCUUUCUACCCAUCCAUAUAGGGUAGCACGUUCCCCGCGGCCUUUAAACUGUUCUUACUCUUUCUUUCAGUCUGCAUCUAAUUUUACUGCGCUCAUUUAUGUCACAGAAAAAGUAAUGUGUCGCUCUAAAACCUUCAGCGAAGACCCUGGAGAGAUGAGUGAGUGAGGGUUGAUGUGGAAGGUCAGGGAGAGCUUCGGGUUUUGUUCUUGUGACAAAUGACAAAGGGCUUCCUUGAGUAGUCUCUCUGUGCCCUGCCUGCCUUUCCUUCAUCUUUUUGCUACUUUAAGAACAAAAGUGGUAAAGAGGAUUUUUUCAUCGUGCUCUAUCAAAAACUUUAAGGAACUAAAAAAGAAAGUUGGGUCAGCAGAUUUUUUUUUAGGUAACAAAUGAACAAAUGAUUCUCGUCUGGAAAGUGAUGGAAAGUGGUGAAAAUCUGUGUUUUUCCAAAGCUUUGGUUGACAGUUACUUUUUAAUUUGAGAAGCAGAUAAUGGACAGUGUUUGGCACUUUUGUAGGAUUUAUCAAUGACAGCGAUUUUUCAUAAAUUUUUAAUUUGAUUUUAUUCUGAGCUUUGAAAGUUUACCUGAUCAUUAUUCAGCUGUCCACAGAGGCAGUGCUGAUGACAGUAAAUGGAUUUAGAGAGCUUUAUGGAGGUAAAGAGGGAGGGAAAACACAAAAGGACAGGGACCAAGAAAAUAGAAAAAAAGAUGAAUACAGAAAGAAGAAAAGGUUUAGGUAAUGAGGUUUUUUUCCAUCUAGAUUUGACACAGUUGCAUGUGUUGUGAUUUGAUUUUUUUGGAUAUGAACCAUCAAUGUUCCCUCGAGGGAAGUCAAGGAGAAGGACAAAACCUUGUCUGAAAGUGAUUGACUUUCAGGGUGAAAUAGAGAUAAAGAUAAACAGGGAGAGAGGAGGACGGGAAUGAAAAAUUGAGAAAGAGUUUUGGGGUUUAAGUAAUGUCUAGACAAUCCCUGGCCUGUAUCUCUCCCAGAAUAAUAAUGAGCUUCCCGGGAGUUCCAUGACAGGUCCGGGAUCCUCACCAGGGCCAAGUCUUUCUGAUACACCAAUGGCUCAGGCCCAUAUUUAAAUGGAGCCCCUCUACCCCCUACCUUUGAUAUCCUCCACAUCUUUCUCCAAAGUCAAAGGACGCCUGUGGAAGCAGCAGGGCUCCUUAAUGCAGAGCCAAAGAACUGCCUCCCUUUACAGAUGGAGCGGCUAUCUGAUUUGGAUUCAGGAUGCGUUCAACCCAGUUCUGUUGGCAACCCAGUUUCAUAUCCAUAACAGCCGGCUCUCUUACUUUGUCAUUCACUUUUCCUACACCUUACCCUUUACACUUUGCACAAGCUCCCACAAUCCAAUCACUCAUAAUGUGUAAGUGACGGGGAUGUAGCUGUUGUUUAUAGACUUGGUAGAACAGCUUCACGGUGGAGGUAGAAACACUGAACUUAGAUCCAUCAGUCGUCAGUCACCUUUGUUGCCUGCUGUACCUCUACACACUUACUUGAUUUUAUUUUCUGUUUUUGUAUAGACAGUUCUACAUUGAAGCCUAAUGUAAGUGGUAUAAAGGAACUAUAAAGAAAGUUUGCGUCACCAGUGGGUUCCAAGAUGGCCACACCAUUGGUUCAGGUUGUGAAGCAGAUUUUUAGAAACAGGAGCACACAUGAUGAUAUGACACACAAGGAAGACAUUCACGGUAAAAUCAGACCCAAUUAAAACCAAAGAUCAAUAUUAACAUCUACAGUCAAAUCAGAGAAAUUUGUCAAGAUAGCAAAGGAACUUUAGUUUGAUUGCCAUCAUGCAAAUGAAUUGCACUUUAAAUAAACAAGACAUGGAUGUGUGUUUACUUAAUCAGCCUUCUGCACCAGUGCCCUGAAAUGAUAGCCUGAGGACAAGAGGUGAAACUCCCUCUCAGGUAAAGGAUUUAGUGUAGUGUCAGCUUGAAGGACUUGCCCGUUCAAAACAGUCAGAGGCCUGGCCUCGCACCUCCUGAGAUGACUUUUAAGUAUAUUUUUAUAUAUUGUUCAAGUUUAGGAUUCCAAAUCAUGCAGGUAUAUUUGAGAGUCAUGAACUUAGUGGGAACACUAAAAGAAUUGUUUUCUAAUAAAAAAGGGCAGUCUUUGCUGUACCAUCUUUAAGAUUGCAUCAGUGUGAGGUCUAAGAUCAGUUUGACAGGGACAGAGCAAAUCAGUCCAACAACACCCAAAUACUUGAGGCUCCCCAUAUCAAUCUGACAGUUGAAGUCGGUCUUAAAAAUGUGGUUUGCCAUUUUUUAAUGACUCUUAUCCACUACAGACUCACUUCAGGUGAGUAGUGCUGCCCCCUGCAUCACCGUUAGUAAAAAAAACAGAGUGUACCCUGUCUGAUAUUAAUUUAAGAUCAGCGCCUGUAGUAAAUCAUAUGUCCACUUUUUUUGUUUAAAUCUGUCACCCUAUUAAAAUAAUGUAUUUGGCCUAAAUAAUUUCUUGAUAAUGCUGACCGUCUCUAGUAAAAUCGCUUAAAUCUUAAGUUGAAAGGAUCAUGGUAUGAUCAGGUUGCCACGAUCAUGCCGAUCAAGGUGUCCUUGAUUUUAUCAGGGAUGGCCAGCCUUUUCAAGAGAUGAUUUAGGUCAAAUACUAAUUUUCAUCAAAAAAUUACUUAGGCCAUUAUUUUAAUAGGGUGACAAUAUGUACAUUGUGUGCUGAAACUGCUAAAAUACUUGUACACCAUCCCUGUUUGCUUGCUCUCCAGGCAUCAGGUGAACCCCCGUGGGUUUAUUUAUCUUUCGCCUCCUGCUGUGACCCCUAAUGCCAGAGAGUGGCCGUCUCACAUGCGCAGUUUCACUUACAAGUCCUUCGCCCUUUCUCCUUCACAUGGACACAGAAUAUAAAUAGGCGUCCUUGUAAUCAGUUUACAAUCACUAAGCACAGUCCUGAAUUGUGGCACGUCUUGGUUUAAUUUUCCCUGCUUCUGCGAGGGUAUCAACAGGGCUGAUUGGGUAUUUUUGGCAGAGGAAAAGACAGGGUAAACCUGUUGGUGUGCAUUUUAAUGAACCGCAUGUGUGUUUCAUUGAGUUAGCCUGUGCAGGUGUCUGUUCGAGGAUGUGUGUUUCUGCGCUUUUCCUCCCCUGUGUGCGCUAGAGUGGUGCCUGUGUGUCCAUUAAGGAGAUCUCAUUAAUCACGAGAGACUCCGACCUCAUCUCUUCACCCCAUAUUUCUACUCAGUCAUCCACAAACAAGACACUCUGUCAAAGACUUCAAAGUCACUUAGAUUUCACCCCUGUCAUUCCUAAGCUACUGCCAGGGUGCUUUCUAAACUGCUCCGAGCCUCCUCGUAGACAAUAACAGAGUAUUGCCCUUGUGAAAAAAUUUGGAGGGGAUUCUUCAGCGUGUCAGCAGAGCAGACUGUUGGAUUGGUAAGGGUAAGAUAGCAGAGCACAUUGAUGCGCUUGUGUGGGUGUGUGUGAGUUCUCGGCCUGAUUUCGGCUCCAGACGGAUGAAGAAGGGACAAAGCCUGCUGGUGUGUAAUGUAUCACUGUCUGCCCCCUGCCCACUCAAACACAUAUGUUCACGCGCAAACACACACGCGGCCAGACAGGCUCGACGUGACCCCCGGCACCCUGCCAGAGAGAGAGAGAGAGAGACAUCUCCUGCUUGACAGUGUGUCAGCAGGCCAGAUAAACUCGACUGCCAGCCCUCCCAGGAGCUUGUCCUGCCUCCUGCUGACUAGCGGGACGUUUCCACAUCGCCAACUAUCUGACCUCACCUUCCCGGAGUCCUUUUCACAACCUGCUAUCCACCGCUGUGUCUUAAAAUGGAUGGUCAUAAAUGCUGUGACUCAAUUUACAGAGCAGUGGUGUGUCAUGUGAGUUAAGACACGCAUACUCAGGUACUCCUUGUACAGAGGUGGUGUGUAUGUGGAGCUUUAACCUACACCAAUCAAUAUUUUUACAUGAACUAUGGAUUAGAUGUCAGGUGUAAUAUGAAAGGUUUUGCCUAUACAUGCAGACCCACAGAGGAGUAUCACUGAGCUCUGUACCCUCACUUAACCAAGCAUUUAUAGCUUCAAAUCAACACAGAAGUUACUACAUUGAAAGCAGGUAUGCUUUAUUAUGUUAGUCGGGGAGAAAAAAAUCCACUCUUUGAAACAGCAGCAAGGAAAACAUUUCCUCAAAACAGCUUCAGGACAGCUUCUGCCACAACUAGACGCCCGAAAAAGCAGAUAGGGGACAAGACAGAAAGAGCGAGGAGACAUAUUGUUAAGGACAGUAGCAAACAUUACAUUAGAUAACGCAGACUUAGAAGAUAGCGGUUAAAAAAGAGUAGAGCCCCAGAAGCAAGUGAUACAUCAACAAUUCACAUGAAUCUGGUGAGACAAGCUAGCACAAAAACACGAGGAAAUGUACAGAGUUAGUAAAAUGUAUGAAAGGACCAUAAAGGUCACGAGAAACAGAAAUGUCAAGUGUCAAACUCACAAGCAGGCUAAGCAUAAAGCAGUAUCUCUAGGGACUGGUCCUCAGCAAACCUGGACCAGACCCAAGUUUAAUCAAAAAGGAACAUUUGAAACAGAGAUGGGGGGGCAGAUUAACAGCUUUUUGACAAGACCGGCGUCUCAUCGGCAUCGACCUUCACAUAGCCGAUAUCACCAUCACCUUCUCUGAAUGAAAAUACUAUUUUUUCCUAAUCCCCAGUGACAGCAUAUCAAAUCUAAAACACUAUCUAAACUAUGUUAUGAUAUAUAAAAUAACCCUGUUAAGUAUUGACAACAAAAUCCACCAUGUUCUGAAAUCUAUAGCAUAAACUAUUAUUUGUCUUUUCCAUUGAUUCAUUAAAAAGUCCAUCUAAAGCAGCUGAGAUUACCAUAUGUAUCAGGUUUUAAUUUUCAUGGAAAAAACAAAAAGCUUUUUUCUGAUUGGUAUUUAAAUUUUAAUAUUCAUAUCAUAUUUUAAUUAUACUUUCUAAGCAAUUUCACAAAGCUGAGCAAAAACUCAAAAUUCCCUUGUGGCAAUAAUUUACUGAACCAAAUAUUUUUCCAACUACAUUAAUUUGAUUAAAUAUUCAUGAAAAUGUAUCAAUUUUGGCAUUACUCAGUGUUAUUAAGUUAUUGUUUUUUGUCCAAUGCAAAAACAUAGAAGAAAAAAACACCUUGAUAUCAGCAUUACAUAUUGGCAACUGACCCGCUCUCUCAUAAUCUGUCGCCAGCCAUAGAAAAACAGUAAUUGGUUGACCUUUAAUCGACCUCCUAGAUUAUUAUCUAAGUGGCAGAUGAUUCCAACGAAGCUCCUGAUCAUUAAAAGCUCGACCACACAACUCUUGCAGACUAAAAAUACCACAUAAGCAACCUAAAUACAUAUAAAUAAUGGUACUAAGAAAGCUUUUUAGGUGAAAAGGAGGUAGGUAUUGGCGUUUGAGUCACUGUUUUUAGGCUCAGAUACACAGGCUGAACGCUGUUUCAAACACUAAGCAGGCUGGGUUCGGAAGUAAGUAUGAUUUUUACAAGUUCAAAAGAAGCCAAAGGGAAAAGUAAAUAUUAGUGUUGGCUACAUUUAUUUGCUGAAAAGACCUGCCAAUUUGAAAUAUCUUCAAUAUUUUCCUGUUCUUAGAAAAGGAUGAGUACUCAGAGAGGACACCCUUCCCAUUACGCACUUAUCCUCAUACAUAGCAAACUGAUCAGUCACAUAAACGACCAAUGAUUGAUGAUCACUACCAACCAUCACUGCCAACUUGAAUAGACCCAGGCUUCGUUCAUGUUGGACAUGUAAAUAAGCUAUUUAUUAGAGUUAUGCCAUAUGAACUGUAUAAGGUGGACUUAAGCCAUACUUUGUGAUGACCUUUAUCAAUACACACCUGGCACGCCACAGAAAUUGGAGACAGAUAAAUAAAGUCAAACCUGUAAGCUUGACUGGACCAGACAACACCUCAGGUUUCUUUUGUUUGCCAUUUGGAUGACCCAAACCGUCCACAUAAAUUUUCUAACUCUGUCCUUCAUUUUUGUUCUUUUCACUCCUAAAGGCCCCAUUGCUCUCUAUCUCUGUCUAACACGCACCGACAAGCAUAUGCCUCACAAACGCGUAAACAGUCACCUCCAGCAGGAAGCAGAAUUGGGCUGUCAGUCAAAUGGACAGCCUUAAAAGGGCACAGGACCCUGCAGGAGAUAUUAAUGAAUGAAAUACAGCACCGACACCCACACACACACACACACGUACGUUAAAAGGCCCGCCUCAACCCAGACAGCACAGCAUUAACCAAGCCAGCUGUUCCACAUCAACCACAUCUAUUUAUGACACACACGACUUCCCCGCCCUUCAAGCUGACUGGCGUUAGUUUUUAAUUUAGCCUCUUUCAGACAGGAAGUGCUCAGACAGGGAGGGAGCAGAGAUGGGUGGUAAGGGUGAUGAGAUUUGGCAGCCACCUUGUCGGCGUAUGUUAAUGAGCUCACCUGCUUUAUUAAGAUUUAGAUACAAGUAUAGAGUCAAGACACAAUUUCCUUCUUAUCUAAGAGUCAGUGACACCAUUAUCUUCUUCAAAAUGAACCAGUCACUAAAAUCAUUGCACUUUACUUUUUCCAUGGGUUAGAGGCAGUUAACUUUGUUUCGCCUCUAGUUUUAUCAGAUGUCAUGGCAACAAUCUGGCGCUGCACUCAGUCUUGACAUUGUGUCCAAUAUCUGGUCCUUUUCCAGUUUUUCUGUCCCCCUUCCCCACCUCCUGCGUGUGGGUGAGUGUCCCCUUGACUUUCUCCUUGACUCACUGCUUUGAUAAUGAAGCAGAGAGAUAAACAUCUUCCACUGUUCGCUCCUAUUCUAAUACGGCAAUCAGUCUUAAUACUCAGGUGUGUGUGUGUGUGAGUCUUCUUUAAGAAUUUAUUUUAUGUAAACAAAGCCAAAAAAGUUAACUUUCCUUAAACCGAAGGCAAAACUAGACUGAUUUCUUUAAUUUAAAUGAAUAAAAAAAAAGACUUUGCAUUAACACUCAUUAAAAGAACAGAUACAGACGGUCCCACUGAGGUUUUUCGAAGGCUCCUUCUUUACAGACAGACAUUAAAUGCAGCCUGCGGUUCUUAUAGAGGCAGGUUUCUGUUAUAUCCUUGUCUUGACUCGGUAAGGAGAGCCUGACAGUCCACUUUUGUUAGUGUAGAAAUGUGUGUGUGUCUGUAUGUGUGCGCACAUUAAUAUGGUAUGUUUACUGACCUUGGCAAAACACACAUGCCCACGAAGGGAGCCAAUAUUGGCAGAGUGACACAGACACAGCUUUUUUUCCCCCCCUGAAACCAGACUUUAUUAAAAUCAGUCAUCUGUUUCAGAGAUUGUUAUGCCUCCGUGUGUCUGUGAUAUUUAUAUAUAUAUACACAACAAGACUUAAUUUUGUGAGUGUGUGUGUGUGUGCAUGCUUUGACUCACUUGACAGCUUUAUUAGUAUGCAAACCGUCAUGCACAUGAUGUAUCUAUAUCUGUCUGUCGCUUUGCAGGAGAUGUUCACGCCAGAGUGCAAGUUCAAGGAGUCUGUUUUCGAAAACUACUAUGUGAUCUACUCGUCCACUGUGUAUCGGCAGCAGGAGUCGGGCCGCGCCUGGUUCCUAGGCCUCACCAAGGAGGGCCAAGUCAUGAAGGGCAACCGGGUCAAAAAGACCAAGCCCUCGUCACACUUUGUUCCAAGGCCCAUUGAAGGUAAGGGAAAAAUAUUUUUGGGAAAAGCACAAACAUUUCUAACUUCCUGUUUGAUAUCAAAAGGGGUUUCUGUACUUAUAAUCACUCUUGAAAACAGGUCAGAACAUUUGGUUCAAACAUUUAUUGUGUUGGAGAUUGCUGUACCCCUUAGAGAGUUUUCUGGAUGAACUCCAACAAUAACACUUUUUGUUUGCUCACUUUUUUCAUAUAAGAAAUAGAUUUUCAUACCUUUAAAAGUUUCAUUACUGAAACUGAAGAGCAGAAGCGGACAGAGAAGAACAACAACUUAUGGAGUAGUUUCAGAAUAGAUUUAGUUUUAAGUACAAAUGUACUAUUCAAAGACUUAAGUCUUGUGAUUUAUUUACAUUUUAAAAUUGAAAAUGCGCAUAAGAACCGGAGUGAAAUACAAGCCUGUAGUUUUCUUAAUCAAAUAAUGAAUAGUUAAGGAAACCGAUGGUAACACUUUACUUGAUGCCUAUCUCUAUAACGCAUUAUAAAUAUAGAUAUAAUGUGUUAUAAUCACGUUAUAGCACUGUAAAACUAUAGUUAUAAACCCUCAUAAAUGAUCCUAAUGCUUUGUAGCAAUAAUCAUAACACAUUAUAAAGCGAUUUAUCAUUACUUACAAGGUCAGGUAUUAUAAUGUGUUAUAACUGUUAACAACAGUUGCAUUGCAUUAUCUAUGUGGGCAUUGUCAGUGAGUUGUUAACAGUUAUAGCACAUUACUAUACCUGACCUUGUAAGUAAUGAUUUAACGCUUUAUAAUGUGUUAUGAUUAUUGCUAUAAAACAUUAUGAUCAUUUAUGAGUGUUUAUAACUAUAGUUAUAUAGUGCUAUAAUGUGAUUAUAAUGCAUUAUACAUGUAUUUAUAAUGCGUUAUAGAGAUAGGCAUCAAAUAAAGUGUUACCAAAACGACUUUUAAAAUGAAGCUGCAACAAGCAGCAGGUUUAAACUUAUCAGUUAAACCGCAGUGAAGAAACAACCAGCAGAUCUACCAACAUCUCAGAAUCUUCAUAUGUUAGUGAGAGAUGUUUGAGUUUGGUAGACUUAACAAUCAAACGCUGUCACCACUACUGAUCAGGACCAGAAAUAAUCUUGGUUAAACUAACUACUAUUAUGUUUUAUUAUUGCAAUCAUUUAAAUGGUGCUCUAUGUUAAGCAUAGAUGUCACCUUGCAGAGUGUGUGGUUUGGCAAUAUUUUGAUCUAGAAAAUAAAGAUAUAAUUUUCUGUCUAGUUAAACUUGCAUAUAACCACUCCACUAGAGCAAUGCAAAACCAGCACAGGCAUGUGAUCAAUAACCUGCAAGUCGGACUGAAAGCUGGUGGUGCUAGCUUUAAUUAAGUAAAAGUUUGAUGUUUGGAUGUUAUAGUUCGAUUUACAAUGAGAUUAAGAGGCUUGUUGCAGGACCAGACAAGCUUUGAACUGUUUCCAAUCUUAAUGUUAAGCAAACUAAAUGCUAGCUAUCACCUCAAUUUCGCCCUCGAUGUGAUGUCUUUUAAUCUCGAUAAGGAAAAAGAAUCGAAGUAAUACGUUUUCAAAAUGUUAAACUAUUGUUUAAAUGGUUAUUGUUCCGUCAGUCUUAGAGAUAUCAGAUUCAUGAAGAAUACUUGUUCUAUAGCACCUCUAAUACGUUGCUAGUAAGAGCAAUGUGUAAUAGAUAUUAUCUUGAAAACCCUAUCAUGAAAUGCAAUAAAAAAAGUGCUGACAUGACCUAAUUCUCUGUCCUUUCCCUCCCAGCCUGGUAUAAUUGUCCCUCCUGCCUCACACCUGACCUUGUCUUUGUCUUCACAUCCAUCUCCCCAAUCUGCUCUCCAUUGUCCCCUCUCUGAGCUCCUCCUCUCUUUGUCCUCUCGUCUCCUCUCCUUCCCUCCCUCUCCUUUCUUCUCUUUACAUCUCUGCCACAGUUUGUAUGUACAGGGAGCCGUCGCUGCAUGAGAUAGAGGAGAAGCACCGCUCCAGGAAGAGCUCAGGGACUCCCACCAUGAACGGAGGGAAAGCUGUCAAUCAGGACUCCACAUAGCAGCAGGGGAGGGGCUUUCCAGCUGGGGGAGUGGCCUAUACCUGACUCAGAGGCAGGGGCCAUAGGAAAACUCACUGUCCCCCCCCGAAAUUACGCGCCGCAAUCCCCUGAAAAGGAAGUGGGCGUUGCAACGAGGAGGAGCUAUAACUGUACAACUAAGACAAAAAAAAUAAUACAAAACUGAACUCUUGCCUGUGAAAACCUUUUAGAUGAAUUACUAUGAAACCAGAGGAGAUAUAUAUAUAUGAAAGAAAAACAUUUUCAAUCAGGACUUGACCAACAUUUUAUGCAAAAAAGAGAAAAAGCUGUGAUAAACAAAGGAAUGGUGGUCUCUCUUCACACAAAUACAAAUAUCUAUCAUUUUCAAUUUAUGCUGUGAAAAACAAGCUUUAAUACAUGUUCAAGUUUCAUACAUUGGUUUCCCACUCUCAUCUGCUUUAUUGUUGUCAGUAAUAACUAUGUCAUCAUCACCAUCAUUUCCAAAUCGUUGAUCUCGUCAUCCCAGUUACUGUCAUGGUUAACCUGGCGUUUUUAUUUGUUUUGUUUUUUUGUUUGUUUUUUUCAAACUAGAAAUUAUUUUUCCAAUAACUCUUUAUCUUUUCCUUUACAAAUUUCAAUCUUGAACGCACUGUCACACUAAGCUGCUCUGGUGUGAGGGUAAGACUGAAUGUAUUUGGUGUUAUCUGUGUUAAACUCCAGCGGAAACAGAGCGCUUAAGGGGGGAAUGUAGUAAACUCAGGUGUGUACUGUAAGUGUAACCAAUGACUUAUAGGAUGAUUAAGGCUGUUUUAAAUUCUCUAGCGCGAAUUCCCAUAUGUUGUUCUGUAAUGGCAGGAUGGGACUGAUACAAGCAAUAUAUCUGAGAGCAGUCUAGUAUGUCUCUUACCAGUAGUAAUAACAAGCUGAUGGCACAUUAAUGUUAGUGUGUUUUCAGAGGAAGCUUACAAAGAAAGUCAAAUAUGUAGGUAAAAGUUUGAAUCUGUGGUUUUAACAAAGCUUCAUUAUACUCUUGGUAUUUGUAAUUAUUAUUAGGUUGGAAGUAAAGAUAUGUUCAAAUUUGUCAAAUAUGGCAAAAUGUAUUCUCUCUCCAAAAGCUGAGAGGAAGAAAACCAGCAUCAGCACUAUGAGCCAUGGCCAAAAAUGUCCCUUCACAUUUGCACCUCAAGAGAAACUCGACACAAACUCCUUUGCUGUAAGUUAGGUUACAACUCUUAAAGGAUAAUUAUGACAAUAUUCAGGCUUCUGAACUAUAUCAAUGAAUAAUUAGUCCAAGAUAAAGGACUUCUGCAGGUUUGGAGGGGAAAGAAAGAUGAAUGUUGUUUCAGCAGGCUUAGCAGAAAAGAUUUGUUGACUAUUUUUGAGGACGCUCUUUUUCUGUUACUUUUAUCAUAUAAGAAUUUAAGUUUUCUCAACACUGGUGGACAGGGUGCCUGACUGUUUAAUAAUUCACUGACCUGACAUGUUGAUAUUUACCUAGUAAAGACACAAUCAUUUAGACUUUCUCAUCAUAAUGAUCGCAGAAUGUCUCAUUGAGGAACCAGUUAAUCUGGAUUAAGCCAGGUUCAGGGAGGAUGAUUUAUCUUUCCGGUGAGAAUAUCUCACUGUUUGUUUUCUCUGACAUGGUAAUCCAUACACUCUCCAUCCCCCCCUGGUUUUGUGACCCAUGAAAUGAGCCAUUCGCUGCAUUGUGGAGGAAAGCUUCUCUUUCAUAAAUCAACACGCUGACAGGGCUUUAUAAACAAGGUGAAUUGAGUGGUACACGGCGUACGCCACCGUGUGUGCUGUGUGGCUCAUUCCUAAUCCCCUAUUUGUUCGUCUAACUCAGGAAGUCCUACAAUUGUUUCGUGAAUGGGGCCAGACAUGAAGGCUUGGCCGCUUGCUGCCCAGCACCCGUUGCACAAAGCCUGGCCUCCAGUGUGACAUUUAGGAUGGAGUUAAUGUUCUUUUAUUAAUAACGGUGAUGUACAGCUAAGCCCAGCCAGGUAAGGAGGGCCGAGGUGGAUUAAUGAGUGCUGAGACAAAGCAUGAAUAUCGCAUGACUGUAAGAGUUGAUGUUACAAAGGUGUGAUUCUGAGGUGAAAGAUUAAAAAAAGAUUGAUUUGAACUAAGGGGAAGUAGGUCAAAACAUUUUAUGCAACGAGUUAAUACAUCUCUCCUAUACCUGGAUGAAAAUCAUACGCCAAAUUGGUGGUAUGUACAGUAAAUAGCACACUUUCAGUGGCACAGAGCAAACCGAAAUGAUGUAUCACAAUGGAUCUUGGAAGGUCUUCCACCUGGGGGUUGGGUCUGUAAGUGGAGCAAUUUACAUGCAGAUACUAACAAUAGAUUAGUUCAACUUCCACACCACCUACAGCAAACCAGUGACACAUACAGUAAAUCAGACUCUGAAAGUCAGCAGGCGAGACCAGCAUAUAUAAGAAUCUUUUUUAUAGAGGUUUAUAUUUGCGUAAAUGAGAUACAUGUGGACUUACAGCAAUGCAUGUAAUUGGAUGUACUCGAUGUCAACCGUUGACAGCAGAAUGAGAGGAUUUAAGGAUGAGAGGAGGUAAAAAUAGCUGACGUGACAAAGCAGUAAAGGAAUGCACUUUCUGGGGGGUUAUUGAUGUAUGAAAGAGUGAGCGAGGGCUUUGGUUGUACAUGAUGUUAAGUAUAGUUGAUUAUUUUUAUGUUUGCAGAUGAUUUCACUGCAUUGGAACUCACUCAUAUAUGCAUUAUGAAUUGUGAGAUGAAAUAAAAAAUAUGCAUUGAUUAUAAAAAAUCAGAAUGAAGUUAGUGAUUGUUUAAGAAUAAAGACUAUGUUAUCAAAAACUUUCACCUA